AUGGCGCAUCACAAAUGGGAAGACAAGUUUGUCAAGCUACUUAGUGUGGAAAUUCUUCCAAACUGGGAAAGGCUGUGGAUUCAACUGCGUGGGAAUACUACUCCUGUUGUAUUUGUAUUUCCAUUUACGAUGCUCGUCAUCGCAUCACAUUCCUCAAUAAUGCAAACUUCAGAAUUUGUACUGUAUCAUCAGGAAGGUGAUCAAAUCAAGUACUUGCCCAAGUCAAUUUCAAAUCUUGAAAGACUAGAAACACUUAUUCUUCGUGAUUGCGAACCCCUAGUCAAGCUCCCCUCUGAAGUUGGAUCUCUUAAACUUCUUCUAGUACUUGAUCUUGGGGGCACGGAGAUCAUUAAAUUACCUGAAGAGAUUGCUGAGCUGGACUCUCUAAGCCACUUGGAAGUAUCCUUCUAUGGAUCUAGCACCAGCAGCGAGCAUGCUAAGCUACCACCUGGAUUGAUUUCCAGACUUGAAGCAUUGGAAACACUAAGCAUAAGCGUGUACCCAGGAGAUAAUUGGUGGAAUAAGAGUGUCGAAUCCUUCGUUAAGGAAGUGAUCAACUUGAAAUUGUUGACUUCUCUUUCCUUCUAUUUCCCAGAGGAAGAAAGCUUUACAGAGUUCAAAUUUGUUGUUGGCGCAGACAUCAAGUUUAAUGCAUCACGAGACCCACAGUACGUAGAACUGAAUUAUGGUCUCAUAUCGGGUCAAUGCUUGAGAUUUGUCAACAGUGAGAGGAUACCUGACGCAAUUGUUAAUGUGUUAGCUCGAUGUACUGCUUUUUAUUUAGAUCAUCAGCUUGACGUCCACAGGCUGUCUGAGUUUGGGAUUGGCAACAUUAAGAAGUUGAAAUAUUGUAUAAUAAGUGAAUGUCCCGACCUUGAAACUAUUGUGGACAGUGAGGAGAGAACUGAGAGUGUUUUUCCAUGCCUGGAGUACUUAAGUAUUCAUUAUUCAUGGAGUUUGAGGAGCAUUUGGAAGGGUGUUGUCCCCAAAGGAAGCUUUGCAGCUUUACGAGCUCUGUCUUUGUAUGCAUGCCCAAAGUUGACUUAUGUUUUCAAAAGCUCAAUGCUGCAAUUCAUUUCCAACUUAGAAAAGUUGCUGGUUGAUGACUGUGAAGCAAUCGAAAAGAUCAUUUCUGCGGAAGAGGUCACUGAAUCUUGUUGUAUUUCACUCAAAAGUUUAACACUUCAGUAUCUUCCUAAAUUGGUUCAUAUUUGGGAAGAUGCUCAGACUAGGCUCUUGUUUGAAUACAUUAGUGUGUACGAUUGCCCUCAGUUGAAGCAGAUUUGUAAAGACUCGGAGUUGAAACAGACUCUGAAGAAAAUUAGAGCUGAAAAGGAUUGGUGGGAUGAAUUAGUGUGGGAGGAAAAUGGAAUUCGCUCACCUUUUGAAAAGAUUUUCACCCCUAUUGGCGAGGGUGAUGUACAUAGUUCUUAA